GCAAACAAGCCGUUAAAGGGAAAUCGCCACAGUAACAAGCGACUGCUGGCGGCCAAACCACCGGCCGCUAGGAGCCUGAGGAGCGCCGCUGCCUCCGUUUCCAGGGGCAUUUCAAGCACCGGCGUUCCCACGUGACAUCUGUUAAUUAUUUUUUUAAUUAUUUUGAUCAGGCUUCUCUGCAGCCUGCCGAGCGCUGAGGCACGCAGAGGUAAAGCCGCGCGGGGGCUGCCGGGAGUUGUAGUUCCGGAGCGCAGGGGGCCGAAGCGUGCGUCUCCGCCCGCCAUUUUGCGGGCGCCCUGAGGGGUCGUGAGGGGCGGGGGGGUCCUGGUACAUGCUCGAGGUGUGUCAGCGCACGUUUAUAUCCAUCGUGGCAGCGGGGGCCGAGCAAGGACUGUAUGCCAGGUAGCGAUAGAAUACACCAGUUGUUAGCAAAACACGAAGCGUUUUGUGGAUAAGCCGGCCCAAACUUUCCUUGGCGGCUCGCUCUGCCAGAAACACCCUCAGGGUCGGGGGGAGCGAGGGUGAGCAGCAAGGCCCGGCCCAGGGAGCCUGCGAGGGGCAGGUGGGUGAGUCAGGAGCAUGCCACGCUGGGAACGUGCACAUGGCAGGACUCUGAAGGAGGAGAGGAAGGACAGCUCAGCCCGCAGGCGGGCGGUGAAUCACGGCAGCAGGUCACAGCUGCUGUUUUCCCCACAGCAGCUCCAGCCUCAUGGCCCGGCCCUUACAGAGCUGAUGGCAUGACUGGAGUCAGCCAGCAGUGAAAACCUCGGGAAAAAUCUUUGUGUCAGUUCUUUCAGCCUGUAACUUUGUGCUUGGCUAACGCGUGGCUCUCCGUGCCCCUCUGGAAUUCCCGGAGGGGUGGGAGCAGCGGCGCUCGGUCCCUCCUGCUGCUGUUUGGACCCGUCCGGGAGCGCCUCUCCCCGCUGGGGCUGGGGGUGCCUCGGGGCGUUUGCCCAUCCCCACAACACAGCCUUGGCCACAGAGUACCUGCUGGGGAUAGCCAGGACCAGAGCAUCCCUCAGUGAAGCACUGGAAAUCCCAACAGCUGCUGAUCCGGCUGCUGGAAGAGCUGGUAAACAUUCAUUAACACAUUGCUGAGUGCUGCCAGCCAGAGCUCUUGGCCUCAGCGCUGCCAUGGGGUAUGGCUGGGCCUGGCUCUGUGUUCAGCCUCCCAGGACAGGAAUUCCACUGGAGAAGGCUCUGAAGCCACACUGGCUCAGCCCGUGGGGCUGCUCCCACACGCUGUGAUCCCAUUACCAGUGGGGAGUAAGCACAGCCUCGACCAAAAACAGCCCAAGAGCUGUCACAGAGGACACAUCAUUCCAGGGGAAGCUUUACAGUGCUGGGAUCAUGGAGAAAAAGCACCUUUGAGUCAAUCCCCACCAGACACAAUUUCCUGUUUAAUUUCCUGGCUGUUUCUUACUUGGUAAAGGAAAAGCUGUAAAUUGCAAGAUUGCUUCAGAGACCUUCCUCUGACUUCAGAUGAACUGUUAACCACUUGCAGGAGAGAAUCCAGCACACCAGCACAACACUUGUAAAAAACCCCUUCUGUGAUUGGCACCGAAAGGAAAGCCGUGCAAAAAAAUAAAGGUUGGAAUCGUUUUCCUUGGAAAAGCAAACAGGAGCAACUCCACCUCCAGCUGAGCAGGAGAGCUCCCGGAGGGCUGGGGGAUGACUCCACGGCACAAGGUCCCCUCUGAGCAGCAGGGCCGGCCGGUGACGGUGACAGUGACGUGGCGUGUCCCGUGGAGGGACAGUUGUGCAGGCAGCAGAGUCACUGCCCUGCGGGAAGUCUGGGCCACCUUUGCACUGUGGGCGGUGCCAUCACACGUGGCAGUCACACACUGUUCCCUCCCAGGGACACAAUGCUGAGUCCCAGACCCUGCUGGGGUCCCCCAACACCAGGGGUUUCUACAUUGACCUGACCACAUGGAAGCAGCCUCAUGCUCCAGCCCAGCCUGCUCUUCUUGGUCCCCAAAGCAUCACAAUGUGCACAAGAGCCAAGGGACAGGUGACAGCAAACUUGUGCCGCCACUCACAGGAAGAGCACAGCAUUGUCCUGCCCAUGCCCGUGGAUGGUGGCAUUCCUCUUCUGUGCUGGUUGUGGCACUUCUCAGAGCAGCAGCAGUGGCACUCUACCCUCCCAGCUUUCCUCUUGCAUGCCCCAGCUUUACUCCAUGACUUUGGGAGAAGGACAUUUCGUUCAAAAUCUCAGGUUCCCAGGCCCUGGGCACAGAGGCAGUGCAGCAAUCACAGGAGCUGGCAGCACUCCCUGUCCCUGUGGGCACUGCCUUGUGCACAUGGAGGCACAUGCACAGCUCUGUGCAAAGUGUGGGGCUGGGGGCUCUUAUGGGGGCAGCUAAAACUGAGUCCAGUUCCACCCUGGCUCGGAGCCUGCUGGCAUGGGCUACCUGCACAGGGCGAGCAGCUGCUUCUGCCCUGCCGAGCAAGUGCAGUGACAGGGGCUGGGAGGUGGCACUUCUUAGAUGUCACUGUGGUGUGGCUCAGCCUGAGGCCCCCCAAAGGCACAGCAGCAGUGUGGGCGUUACCUGCUGCUCUGCACGUAUCUGGACGAGGUGGGAUCUGUUUGGAGAGUCUCCUGUGGCAGGCUCUGGGGUGAAAACAGCUGAGAGCUCUUUCUCCUGUGACAGCAGGGCCAUGAAUGCCCCUUCCCACAGCACAAACAGGGCACUGUCUGCGGCUGCUCUGCCCCGGGCCGAGGCCUCUCUGCUGAGGCCAAAGUAAGCAGCUGCUCAGCAGCAAGCACCUCUCCGGGGCUGGGAAGGCUCUGACCUGAGCACAAGCAAACACAGACUUAGGGAAAACACCUCUGGCCUCUGUGAAACCUCCCUUAAUAUGCCCCUGUCCCCUUGCUGCACAUGCCGAGUCCCUUGGGCAUGGAGAUGGAUGUCCCUGCAGAGCUGCACCUCUCCUGCCCUGCUCUCCUCCUCUUGCUCCACUCUCGGGCAGGGCAGGACUGAGCUGUGAGCAGAGCUCAGGGGAAGGGCGCCCUGUAGCAUCACACCCGCAUUCCUGACCUGGCUGCUGGAGCCUGGUUUGGCCAGAAAAGCAGGUGCCUGGCUGCACCGGGACAGGGAGCAGGGCUUGCAACAUGGGCUGGGGUCACGCUCCCAGCAGCAAGGCUGGGCACGCACCGGGAUAUCCAAGCACAGAGAGGUGCUGGCUACAUCCCACCGGCCGGCUGUGCCCUUAUCGGCGGCUGCGUUUGGGCUGCGGGGACAGCCACGGUGUGGGACCGCGGCAAGAGCAUCCCUCCGAGAAGCGGGGCCAGGCAGAAACGAGACAAUCCCCAGCACGCACUGGUGCCGGCAAGCACUUGUGGCUCUCGGGAUGAGCAGAUCCCAGCGUGGAGCUGCGGUGUAGCCUGAACCCAUCCCCGGGAUCUGCUGAAGCUCACACGGAGCGGGGAGCGCAGCCCGGGGGGGAUGUGACCCCUGGCAGGCGUGGCGGUGCCCGGCCCGUGUCCCCGUGUUCCGGCCCGUGUUCCCGGAGCUCCGGCCGGGAGGUGGCGGCCGCGAGCGCCCCGGCGUCCCUUGCGCAGCUCCGGGAGCGGCGGCGCGGCCGGGCCGGGGCUGCGGAGCUCCCCCGCCCGCGGCGGGCCAUGGAGCCGGUCCCCGGGCGGCGGUGGCAGAAGGUGCUGUACGAGCGCCAGCCUUUCCCCGAUAACUACGUGGACCAGCGGUUCCUGGAGGAGCUGCGGAAGAACGUGCACGCCCGGCAGUACCGGUACCAGGCCGUGGUGUUCCAGUCGGGAGCGGUGGUGCAGCAGCUGUGCAGCGUCUGCGUCUUCGUGCUCACCUGGUGGUACAUGGACGCCGGGAUGCUGAGCCCGCAGGGGCUUUUCGGAGCGGCCCUGGUGUCCUCCCUGCUCGGCUACGUCCUGUUCGACGCCGUGGACGGCGGGGCCGGGCGCUGGGCGAGCGGGCGGACGCGCUGGGCUGACCUCAAGAGCACGCUGGUGUUCGCCGCCUUCACCUACGGCUUCUCGCCCGUGCUGAAGACGCUGACCGAGUCCAUCAGCACGGACACCAUCUACGCCAUGUCGGCCCUCAUGCUCCUGGGUCACCUCAUCUUCUUCGACUACGGCGCCAACGCCGCCAUCGUGUCCAGCACGCUGUCCCUCAACAUGGCCAUCUUCGCCUCGGUGUGCCUGGCCUCGCGCCUGCCCCGCGCCCUGCACGCCUUCGUCAUGGUGACCUUCGCCAUGCAGAUGUUCGCGCUGUGGCCCAUGCUGCAGAAGAAGCUGAAGGCGCGGACGCCGCGCUGCUACGUGGGGGUCACGGUGCUCUUUGCGCUGGCGGCGCUGGCCGGGCUGGCCACCGUGUCCAGCGUGGGCGCCGUGCUCUUCGCCUCCCUGCUGCUCGCCAUCUCCUGCCUCUGCCCCUACUGCCUCAUCCGCCUGCAGCUGCUCAAGGACAACAUCCACGGGCCGUGGGACGAGGCUGAGAUCAAGGAGGACCUCUCCAGGUUCCUCAUGUAGGCCUGGCCCAGUGCGAAGGUCCCGGCUGGGGGAGGACACCUGAGCCAAUAAAGUCUCUCACACAGCA